CUGACCAAUACUGAUGACAAGGGGGACAAGGGACAACCGGUGAACAAUAUCGUCUGUACUUUCGCCUUUAUAAUCAGACUUAAUUCUUCACUAGAUGGACAUUUUGAUUUUACGAUAAACUAACCUAGGAACUUUGGAGGUAUAAACAAGAGGAUUCAACCGUGGACAUAUCAAGUGUCUGUUUCUUCACACGUGCGUAAAAUAUAGCAUGAUAAUGCUUUUACUCAGACUCCUUGACCACUGUUAGUAAAACAUACCAUCGGUGUAAGCCAACGGUGUAAAAAAUUGGCACCGAAGAUUCGUUUAUUAAUUGAUAAUUCGUUUGACGUGAACAUACUACCAGUGAGCAGAAUGCAACAGUUUGAGACGAAAAUACCGAACCCCCAGUUAGAGGGACUGCAACAUUCGUCGAAGCCAUUCCAUUCUUAUGGCGCAUUUUACGAGAGUGCAGGCAACAAUAACACUCAUCUGCCGUUGCCGUCUAACGGCAGUUACGUUGGGUUUGUGGGCACAUUUCCAUAUCAUGGGAGCGGUUCAUGUGCCAAUGCGCCAACCAUCCCGGCCUACACGUCGGCAGACACUGGACCCUGGCCACUGCAUCAUUCCGAGAAAGCACAUACGUUUUCACAUUUUAAUUACCACCAAUCGCCGUAUAAUUCUGGGUCCGCUUUUACUUCAUCACCCAUGGGACAAAACGAACUAUCGCAUAUGAAGAGCCAAUUUCAUUCCAUAUCUCACUCGCCAAGCCAGUCCUCAGCUGCGUUACAACGAAGUGGCCAAACACUACAAGAUAGCUCUGCUAAUGCUAGUGGCUACAACUGGAUGAGUCCGUCUACAACAAUACGCACACGCAAAAAGAGGAAGCCAUACACCAAAUACCAGACGUUUGAGUUGGAGAAGGAGUUUCUGUACAAUAUGUAUCUGACAAGGGAGAGACGAUCACACAUUUCAAGGGCUCUAAACCUAUCGGAGCGGCAGGUGAAAAUUUGGUUUCAGAACAGACGAAUGAAACUGAAGAAAAUGCGAUCAAGAGAAGACGGCGAUCGCAAACAAAGGGAUCAAAACCAACAAUCCAUACCGUAAUUUAUAACUCGUAAUUGGAAUUCUGACGCCAAGAAAUAUAGGAUAUUUUCUCAAGGAUUGGUCGAAAGGAGGAAAAAUUGAUGAAUAUAUUAUUCCGUUGAGGAUCUCGCUUGACCUUUUGUGAUGAAUAAUCUGUUUUCCGAGUUAAGUUCAAAAUACAACUUGAAAAUGUAAGACUGAGCGUGAAUGUCUGAUAACUUCUCGCAAACAAAUACAAUAUUCUGAAGGGCAACAAAGUAACGGAAAAGCCAAAGAUAUUCGACAUAAACGCGUUUUCGAUAGAUUUACUGUUUUUGGAAAAUGCAAAAUGAUAUCGAUAAUGUCCUUUAUUGAUUUUUUUUUUCGAAAACAAUCUGAACUCUUUAAGCCUUUUGACUAAGCCCAUUGUGUACCAAAUUUAUUUUGACGUUUACACUGAUCUCGUAAAAUUAUAUAUAUAGGACUAUACAUUUACAGUAUAGGAUCUGUUAUAUAACGUACCAUAUAGGUUAUUAUAUCCAGUUUCCAAACUUUUUUGAUAUAAAUGUACUGUUCUUUAAUGUUGAUUUUCUUGACUUUUUACGUUUACAGUAUAUUUCAUAUAUAUAUAUAUAUAUAUAUAU